AUGUGUUUUGAUCGACCAGAUCCAUUAAAUCCACAUAAUUUAGCAAUGGUAUCAUGUCCCAUGGUAAUAGAAAAAGAACCAUAUCAGAAUUCAAAACGUGGUACAAAUAUGUUCAAUAUUACAUUUUCAUGUGGCAGUUCGGAUAAAACACUUUGUUCAAAGGCGCAACAAGCAUUUAAAACUGCUGGGCAAUAUAUUUCUGAUACAAUCGCAUUUAAUCAAAUGGUAAAUGUUAAUGCCACAUUCACUAAUCUUUGUGCGAUAAUGGGCGGUUGUAUAGUUGAAAGUUCUGGAGUAGAGGCUAAAGUAGUUGGUGGUGCAGCACCGUCGAGAAGCAUGUUAAUCCAGGAUAACGACGGUAUUUACCGAUUUUAUCCUCAAGCUCUUGUAAAACAACGAGGAAAUACAAAUCGACCAGAAUAUAGUGAUUUUGAUAUUACCGCUAUGUUCAAUAGUGAAAAUAUUUCUUAUUGGUUUCAAGGAGAUGGUAAUAUAAGGCCAGAUCAGACAGACUUAGAAAUGGUCAUAUUACAUGAACUUAUACAUGGAUUAGGGUUUAUGUCUAGUCUCGAUGAUUAUAUUAAUAACACACCAACAGGAUUAACACCUUAUAUCAUUCCAUCUGGAAAUAAUUAUCAUUUUUAUGAAGAUAUAUUUGAUAAGUACAUGUCCGUGCAAUCUUCAGGUCAAACAAUAACGAGUAUUACCAAACAAAUGGACGUUUUUGGUAAUACAACGUAUCCGACUCCAGAUAGUUUUGUAUCAGCAUUCGAAUCAUCAUCUCAAUAUAAUCUAGCAAAAAAUUUGUAUUCAGAAGCUACCAAACCAAAUUCUUUUGCACUUUUAUCUGGAUCCAACAAAAUUGUUCUUGAAACAUCGUUAACUCCUUAUAAUUCUAAAUCAAGUGUUAGUCACUUUAGUUAUGAAACUUAUAGUAAUACUAGUGAUUUUUUAAUGAGAUAUAUGAUGGAACGUGGAAUAACACUUCAACAAUAUGUACAAAUGGGUGGGAAUUAUAAAAAUGGUCCAAUAGGUCCAAAAUUAAGAUCACUUCUUCAGAAUAUAGG